AUGGCUGAAUGGAAAUUCGAAGUCAUCCACAACAUCACCAGCGAUAGGAAGCUGCUUGGCACCAUCAUCCCGCCAGAAUGGCAGAUGUGGGACGAGGCCUAUUUCAAACGGGUAUCUGAUACGCUCGCGGACCCGACACACACAGCAAAGCUUAUGGCAGAGGGCUGCAACAAUGGAGAUUUUGGAGACCUCAACUGCACCAAAACAUGCGACAGCGCCGAGUAUAUGUUCAGAUCUCCGCAGAAUCUCUGGAACUGCAUGACCCUUUCGACUGUGGCCAUGAAGGUGAUUCCAGAGCCAACCAACGACACGGUCAACGAGAGCAGUGAGAAGGAUAUGAAUGACUUGUUCCACUUUGGUUCCCUGCGCGACUUUGAUAAACUUUUCGCCUUCAGAAAGGUUCAGGAUCUUUUCGGCUACCAAUGUAGCCCUAUACACCAAUUUAGUAUCGGUAACUUUGGCACGGUUCUCUCAGAACGCUAUUGUAGCGUUGCAGACCCUGGGUUCGACUUUGAUCUGGUUGGACAGGGAGUACUCAUAUCGUACAUCAUGCAGUACGUUCUAGUUUUGUUCUUUUGUCUUUCUUUCGCAUUGACGCUGAAGUGGUUCAUUCAGCUCUACCGACAGUUCCCCAGCGCCAUAACAUCGACCCUGAUAGACCUUCAGGAGACGCAGACUCUCUUUGCAGCAACCAUUUCUGUAGCCACUAUUGUGGCGUUCCAUUGCUACACGGGCUUAGCCAACGUUGCUUCCAUAUCCUCCUACGUCCUCAACAACGAGAUCGCUCACGGCGUGAUUAUCAUCGGCAUGAGCCCUCUCCUUUUGUUACAGCUCGCUCUUCACGCGUCUGGACACACAUCGAUAUACACUCUUGGCUUUGUAUUCCUCAACUGGCUUUUCAUCGUCAUCAAGUCUGCACUUCAGAAGGGGGGUGCUGCUGGAUUCGAGAAAACCCUCCAAAGGCAGUCAUCAAUGUCAGUAUGCGGCGACAAUCCUGGGGCCAUGUCGUACUGUAUGAACUACAACAUAACAACGGGCUUCACUCACAUCAAGUCUAGUCUGAUAUUCGUGCAUGUACUGACAUUCUUGCUUCUCGUGGACUGGACGCUAGCCACGCUAUAUGGUUUCUAUAAGAAGGACUGGUCCCCAAACAGGAGCUCUUUUGUGCGAAAUCUAAUCAAGACGAGGGCCUUGGCAGUUCUGACGGCAUUCUUGGCAAUCGUGCCCAUGGCCUUCGGGCUCGCUGACCUAGUCCGAUUUUACAUGGGGUUGCACGAUCGGUAUACCCCUGAGGGCGGACUGCCUUGGUCAUUUGGACAGGUUACAGCAGUGGCAGUCUGGUUCCCGGUGGUCUUCAAGUUCUUACACUAUUGCGCAGUGGAAGAUGGUGUCCAGGCCCGCAUCGACAAGGACGAAUAUGUCGUAUCACGCCGCGAAACCGCCAUUUUAGAGGUAAAGACUUCUGAAGAAUCCAGGCUGGAUAAAACUCCCUUGAUCGGGGCUGCUGUUCCGGUUAGCAUGGUUGGGGCGGAGCCGAUCGAGAUGCGAGCCUCGCUGGAUGCUUCGGUGGAGGACUUGCUCAUGAGACCACAUGCAGUUUAUGCUACAGGCGGCUACAAACUUGAGAACAUCCAUUGGACUAUUUGCGAUACGAUGCUUUCCUCCAUGCUCCUUCUUUCAGCUUUGAUUGCCGCAACGCAAGCUAUCGACGUUGAUGUUGCGGUCGUAGGCGGCGGCGGAUCUGGUGGUUAUGCUGCUGUCCAGCUCCGAGAGAACUACGGCAAGAAGAUUGUAGUCAUUGAAAAACAAAAGCAGUUGGGUGGCCAUGCGCAGUCAUGGUACGAUCCAGUCACUGGAAAGGCAUAUAACUAUGGCGUUGAUGCGUUUACGAACAUCACCGUCUCAAUUGACUUCUUCAGACAGCUCAAAGUGCCCAUCGGACCACUCCAGUCUGUACCAGCAGAGAACUUAUACGUCGACUUGGAAGAUGGGAAAACAGUCGACUAUACGCCUCCGACCACGAAAGAGGCCGCUGAUGCCAUGGGAAAUUAUCGUGAACAGUGGCUUAAAUACGCAGAUAUCUUGCUGCCUACCAGCAAGCAUUUUCCACGAGGAGACAAGGUUCCGUCAGAUCUUCUACUGUCUUGGUACGAGUUUGCACGCAAGUACAAAGCAGAGGCUGCUAGCCCGAGUAUCUGGGAAACUGUCGUCGUCGAUCUCAACACUGCACUGAUGAUUGACGUUUGGAAGGCAUGGAAUCCUAGUGUAGGGUCUUUUCAGCCAGCAUCAGGUGACAACACGGAGAUCUGGCAGAAGGCUGCUAAGCUUCUGGGAAAGGAUGUCUUCUACGAGAGCGAGGUGGUCUCUGCUAAGCGAACCAAGAGCGGAGUGAAGCUUGAGGUCAGAGAUAAAGACGGGCAUAUCACCAAGAUCAACGCCAAGCGACUUUUGAUUACUAUCGGGCCAGAGACCAUAAACCCAAAGGACUUUGACCUGAGUAGCGAAGAAGUAGAGGUCUUCCAUUCCGCUGCUGGCAACCGCUAUUUCACUGGCAUAGUAUCUCACCCUUCCCUUCCCGCAGCUGGAAUCACCAAUGUUAUUCCAGCUACCAUUAACGCAAACUAUCUCGCCUAUCCAACCGUCCCUUUCCAAGCCUACUUCCAGUAUAAAGGAAACUCUUCCACCGGCCCCAUCCACCGCGCUCUAGCUGUCGUCCCGAGAGAGACUUCAAUUGGGGAUGUCAAAGACCUUAUCCGGAAAUCAGUUCAGAAUCUCAUUGAUGCGGGAACAAUUCCGGCUGGAAAUUCUAGCGAUCUCGAUUUUAGAACUUUCUCAGAUCAUGGGCUCUUGUAUAGGCGCUGGUCUGCAGAUCAGCUGCGCGGUGGUAUCUUUGCUAAGGCAAAUGCUCUUCAGGGUCAGCGAUCGACUUGGUACACUGGGGCUUUCUGGAUGAACAAUGAUUGCGUCAUGUUGUGGAACACUACUAAUGCUAUCCUGCAGGAUAUGGUGAAGGAUUCUUAG